UAGAUGCUACCAUGGUUUCAACCCGGUUGCUGCUCUACUCCGCGGUAACGUUCGCCCAGUGUAUUUUGCUUCACAUCAGUGCUGACAGUAUCGUAAUCAUCUCGAAACGGUUCAGCAACAGUUCGUACUCGUGCUACGUACGCAACACACCGGACGGACUCGAGUAUCAUCUGACCUACAAUGUGUGCUUUCCCGUGUCCCCCAGCACGCCAUCGUGGAAUGAGACGGACGGUGGUGUGUCCGGACUCCAACCGCCGUACAGCGGCCAACAAGCGUGUGUUCACUACGAGUGUUGCAUUACUAGCCGGCAGCUGUUGCUAGGCGAUGAUGGUCAGCUGGGAUGCCAUCGCUACGACGAUCACUCGCCACUGCCCCACAGUCAGUACAGUGGCCAGCGAUCAGCGAGCAUGGGCGAACUGAGGAAACGGCCAUCAGUGGCCUUUAGGCUGCCAGUAACCGUCCAUUCCAAGCGGAAUCGGCUUCGGGUGAAGCGGGAUUUUAGUUGGGUGUCGUUUUUGGAGAAAAUCUCUUUUCAGGGUCGCCACGAGAGUACGGUCAACAAGCAUAACGAGGCGUACUUUCAUUACAAUUUUGGGAACAAACCGUCCGGUGGGAGUUCCGCUAGACCAACGGAAGGAUCCGUAGUGACGACAUCGACAGGCUUUUUAACGUCUACAUUAACACCAACUGAACUGCCAUGAUUACUUUCGAAUCAGCGGAAUCAACUAAGCGAACUGAGAGGAAAUUGCCACGUUCAAAUGCAAUCCAUGUGCAAUGGCAAACAAUUAAUCCAAAUCGGCUAGGGACUUCUCGGUGACGAUUUAACCAGCGCGAUCUAUUCAAAUUAAAACUUCCGGAAUCAAUA